AUGAUUUUUAGAAAGGCCAAACGACGUCGUUUGAAGCCCCAACCCCUCCUUAAUCCCCCGACCAGUCUUCGGAAACGAUACGCCUUCAUCAAUCGAAACUCUUCUGCUCUUCGUUCUACAUUGCUUACCGUCUUCGGAUACCUUCAAGAACUACCACACAUCUCUUUGCCAUGGAGAACACCGGAGCAAGUAGCGGGUUCCAGUACAAGAGAAGAAGAAUUCUAACCCAAACACAAAGGGAGGAGAUGGAGAAUGAAAACCAGAUUUCUGCUGAGGUAACUCCAUCUGUGGAGGGUCAAUCGUUCCUGGAUGCUUCGGAAAUUGAGGUUCCAGCGUUGGCUUGCACCAUUGAUAUUGAUAAAAUACCUGGAAUGAAGUUAACCCUGAAAUCUUCUUUGGGGGAGUUCCAGAAUCUGAUGGGCGAAGGACUUGGAGAUCAUCCAGAAGUUCUUGAUUUGUUUAGGGAGAGCACCCCUUUUUCUCAUUUUUUGGAUGUUGAGUGUAUUCCUCCUCCUCUGUUCCUAUGGCAACUCAUUGCGAGGGAAGCCAAAAUAAAGAGGAAAGGAGAGAUGUGGUUCGUUUUCAAAGGAGUUCCUGCUGAGUCUACCCACGAGACAAUGGGAACAGAAGAUGCUACCUCAAUGAAGCCUCUGCAGGAAAUGGUUGAGUCUUGCCAUGAGGUAAUGGAAACAGACGCUGCUGCUGCUUCUAUGAAACCUCUGCAGGCUGAGUCUACCCACGAGACAAUGGGAAUAGAAGAUGCUGCCUCAAUGAAGCCUCUGCAGAAAAUGGUUGAGCCUAGCCAUGAGGUCAUGGAAACAGACGCUGCUGCUUCUAUGAAAACUCUGCAGGACAAGAGAGUGAAAAAGAAGUCAUCCAGUUUGAAGUCUCCUUAUACAGCGGACGUGAGGAAGAAAAAGAAAGCCGAUGAGCUCUUAUCUAAGCCGCCAACUAAAGCAGAUCUUUUGGAAUUUAAGAGCUUCAUCGUAAAAGCAAUUAAAGAUGACCGCCCUGUACAAUGCUACCUCGCCCAGUACAAGGAGAUUCAGGAUUUUGUGAAAACGUUCUAGACUGACCUUAUCACUCCAGGUUUUUGGGUAGCGGAUACUGUAAGUUGCAUUAACCUUUCAUUCUUCGUACACAAACAAUGCUUAUAUCUUUCGUUUUCUAAUAACAUAUUACUUUUGUU